AUGUCGCAUCUAGCAACGUGGGCCAGCGUGUUGGUCGCCCAGCAGUCGUCGUUGAACAGGUCCAAGGCUCGCAGCAGCCUGUGUGGCUUAUUGCUUUUCGAACAUCCCCCAUUCAACGACGACGAGCUCGAGCAUUCCGCCCCAGCUGCACGCCGACUUGCCAAGAUGACUAGGCAGGAAGUAGACUACUCGCUGUAUCUCGUGACAGACUCUACAGAGGCCAUCCUCGGGAACCGAGACCUGGUCGACGUGGUUGAGCAGGCGUUACUAGGAGGUGUCACCAUCGUCCAAUACAGAGACAAAACCUCCGACACCGGCAUCCUCAUCGCGACAGCAAAGAAGCUCCACGAAAAAUGCAAGGCACACAACGUCCCUCUCCUCAUCAACGACCGCGUAGACGUCGCCCUCGCAGUGGGCUGUGAGGGCGUCCACAUUGGCCAAGAUGACAUGAACGCCCACGAGGCCCGCCGUAUCCUAGGCGAAGACAAAAUCAUCGGCGUCACUGUCUCGUCCAUCCAGGAAGCGCGCACAGCCGUCGAGCAAGGAGCAGAUUACCUAGGCAUCGGCACGAUGUAUGCCACGAAUACCAAAAAGAACACCAAAGACAUCAUCGGCAUCACCGGAACAAGGAAGAUACUGCACUAUCUCGACCAAGGCACCGAAGCAGAGAGCAAAGUCAAAACAGUAUGCAUCGGCGGCAUCAACGCGUCAAACACCCAACGCAUAAUAUACCAACUCUUUGCUCCAACUCCCGCCAACGCAAACCCCAAGACCAUCAACGGCGUUGCCAUCGUAUCUGCCAUAAUCGGGGCUCAAGACCCCAAAGCCGCGUCUUCGCACCUCACCCAUCUCCUCAAGACAGCUCCGCCCUUUGCCCCCCAAUCCCCACUCCCACACUUCUACCACCAAAACCUCCGCGACGAAACAACCUCUGUCCUCAAAGCCGCCAUCUCAGCAACCAAAAAGGUAAAAGGAAUGAACCCCCUCUCCCACAACAUGACGAACCUCGUUGUCCAAAACUUUGCCGCAAACGUCGCCCUCUGCGUAGGCGCAAGCCCCAUAAUGGCAAACUACGGCGCCGAAGCCUCCGACCUGUCUAAACUAGGUGGCGCGCUGGUAGUAAACAUGGGCACCGUGACACCCGAUGGACUAGCAAACUACCAACAAGCCAUCAACGCGUACAACGCCGCCGGCGGACCCAUCAUCCUCGAUCCCGUGGGCGCCGGCGCAACAAGUGUACGACGAGACGCUCUAGCCCAGCUCCUCGGCGCCGGGUAUUUCGACUUGAUCAAAGGAAACGAGAGCGAGAUUCUUGCCGUUGCACGUGCGAGUGGGUAUACGCUUGAUAGUUCGAGUCAGCAACAGCGAGGUGUGGACUCUGGUGCUUCACUCUUCUCGCUGCCCCAAAGGGCGCAUAUCGUUUCCCGGCUUGCGGCUCGCGAACGCACGGUUGUGCUUAUGACGGGGGCUACGGAUCUUGUUUCGGAUGGCGCGCGCACGUAUGCGGUGGCGAAUGGACAUGAGUAUUUGGGGAGGAUCACGGGGAGUGGGUGCACGUUGGGUACCACGCUAUCUGCGUAUCUGGCUGCGUGCCAUGAGGACAAGCUGUUGGCUGCUGUCGCGGGUUUGCUGCAUUAUGAGAUUGCGGCGGAGGUUGCGGCGCAGAGGGAGGAUGUCAGAGGCCCGGGGACUUUUGUUCCGGCUUUUCUGGAUGAGUUGUGGAAUCAUGGGGAAAGGGUGGUGAAGGGAGAUGUGGAGUUGAAGGAUGUGGCCAAGGUGGAGUUCGUCAAGGACAUGGAGGAUCCUGGGUUGGUGGAGGAUAUGUAG